UGGAUUCUCGCUCGGUGUGUUGGUGCAAUCGAAGCGUCCGUCGCGGCGCGCCGUCGACCCGAACCCGAAAAGAUAAAAAGAGAGCGUCGUGAAUCAAAACAAACCAUUCAAUCGUGAGAUCGCUUUCCGUCCGGUUGUCUGUCGGUCGUCCGUCGUCAAUUUAGGGGUUCUUUUUUUGGCGUCGUGUGCUUUGGGUGAUUUAUAUCUUGUUGGUCGGAUUGCGCCAUUCAGUAUCACAGCAAAGAGAGCCAUUCCUCGGGAUCGGAUACGGAUGCGGUUAGCAGCAUUAGCGACGUGUGUUAUGCUGUUAUCGAACAUCACUUCAAAAGUCGGUCUGGUCGCAUAAAAGAGUGUGAAUUCGCUGUUUUUUUGGGAACUCGCGUGUCGUGCUUAUCAGUCAGUAGCUAAGUGAGUGAGCAGCCAAUCAGUGAACGGGAAUUAAUGUGUGGCGUAUCUUCGCCAAGGAGGUACCCAAUAGUGAUUAAAUCAAAUGAUUAGGCUGUUGCUGGCGUGGAUAAGCAGCUUAUCGUGAAUGUGUUGAGAUUUUUUUUUUGUCCUGCUGGUAUUCUAUGUCAGCAAAAUCUCCCGAGUGACGCAAAUGAAGUGAAUUUGUUGCAGUACAUUGCUUCUUGCUGUGGAAUGAUAUCAUAAAGGAGAGAUAAUCACUGUCAGAUAGACAAAAGAGCGCCUGUAAAAAUUGUAGUAAAAACAAGUGUGUACCGUGUACCAACAGAGCAAGUUUGUUCAUCAGAAAAAGCAUCAUCGUCUCGGACGGAAGUUGGGAGUGCCUUGGUGGAACUAGUAGUGAAAGAAUUGAGGCAUACGCGGUCUGUGAUGAAAGUGAUCACACAGGAUCACAUGGUUUUCAAUCACAGCAGUGGUGCAAUGUGCGGAAUGUUUUCUUUCUCGAAAGUCUCUCGAGCCUUGUUUGAGUAGUGAAUAAUUUCUUCAGCAAAGCUCUGAGUCUGCGAAGGAAGCCGUUGAAAUUCGGCUAACUUGAGCUGGUUAUUUAUUGGCGCAAAAAAAAAAAAGUUGACUCGACGUCGACAGUGACCGCUGUUUGUGAUAAGAAAGAGAAAGAGCGAAGACAAAAAAGUUCAGAAGAAAACCCGUUUUUGGUGUGUGAUAACACGGCGACAGAAAAAGUGAGAAUCGCGUAAGAAAAUAAUGUCGCAAGUGGAUGAAGUGCUACCGGGUGGUAUUGGCGGUGAUAACAAUAGCGGCGAUUCAGGUGACGUAGAGCAGCUUGCCCUUGCGGCCGCUGAUAGUGGUUGCAAUUUGCCGGUGGUCAGUUCUAAGGAGGCGAGUUCCGCAAUGGAGAAGAUAACGGCAGCGGCGGGUGUGACGAUAGUAGCAGCAUCAGCAGCAGAGUCGGAUGAAACUGGUCUGGAUGGUACAGCAGAAGCAGCCACAGAAAGCGUGGCGGUCGCUUUGGCGAGGAGAGCAGCUCACGACGGCGACGGCUAUGAGCCUUGUGACCCAUUAAUUAUCUUGAAUCUGUUUCAAUCACUUUCGACCACAACCAACUCGCUGGAGCUGCAGAUGAAGAUAAAUUUGCAUCUCAAAAAACUCACCAAAUCGCCAUACGUGUUUCUGGUGCCAAUUCUUCACUCCAGCGAGGAAGGUCUCAUACAGGUCAUUAACGAUAACGUCCUAGAUAAGGAAAUCCGUUUUUCGAUAAACUCAACACAUUUAAAAAACACGUCACAACAAAAUGGAUACCCGUUUGUAAUAGAUGAUCUGAACAAAGACUUCUCUGAAGUCAUUGAAAUGGUGGUAGGCAACAAGUACAAUACUCUUAUCUAUGAUAUUAAAAGCCCCCGAGUCAGUAAACUUCAGACGCAGAUAUCCACCUCGUCGACAUCCUCGACGGCGUCGUUCGACGGGGGCAGUAUGGCCACACAGCAGCAUUGUAAUAGUGCAAAUUGCAGCAACAACGGUAGCAGUAGGAGCAGCAACUCUCUUCUGCAGCAGCAAAUUGCUUUGUUCGUGUGCAUCGCUGGCGACAAUGAGUCCCGAUCGAGGUUCCAGUUCUACAUCGAUGACACUUUCAGAUACGUACUGGGACACCUGCUAACGGCUUUCGAUUUGUUCGAAGAGAAGCGGGUACGUUAUCAGUGUCAGAACCUGUUGCAGGUCGCCCGACGGUUACUAGGCAAAAUAGGUGAUCUGGGCCAACUGCUGCGGGGUGUGAUGACAGAAGCCAAAGAACUUGCCGCGGCAGAACGUUGCUCGCUUUUCCUGCUGGACAAACAGACCGGGGAGCUGGUGUCGAAAGUGUUUGACGGAAAUGAGGCUUCCAAGGAAAUUCGAAUAGCAAGCGGCAAGGGUAUUGCCGGCUAUGUGGCACAAACGGGAAACCUGCUAAACAUCCGCAACGCUUACCAGCAUCCAUUGUUCUACAAGGGUGUCGACGAAUCGACGGGCUUCAAAACGCGGAAUAUUCUGUGCUUUCCCAUUUGUGACGAGCAAGGUGUGAUCGGAGUGGCACAACUCUGCAAUAAGCUCAACGGAUUCCAUUUUGACAAAUGUGACGAAGAAGUGGCCACCGCUUUUUCCGUGUACUGCGGUAUCAGUAUUAUGCAUGCCCUCGUCCAUAAACAAGUACAAAAAGCGGAAGCCCGAUACAAACUCUCGCAGGAACUGCUUCUGUACCACAUGAAGGUACCGGACACCGAGAUUCAGCACGUGCUGGAAGCCGUCAAUGCGCACGAAGCGGACCAGUUUGCAAUGGACUUGCCACGGUUCGAUUUCUGCCCUCGGGACGUGAAAAACUACGCCCUGUCGGUGCAGCUGUCGAUAAAAAUGUUCUAUGAUCUCAACUUCGUUACCACGUUUCAAAUACCCGAAGACAAACUGGCGCGAUUCAUACUGCUGGUGCAGAAGGGCUACCGGGACACGCCAUAUCACAACUGGUGGCACGCGUUUUCGGUGGCGCACUUUGCCUACUCGCUGAUGGUGAACUUGAAGCUGAUAGAGAAUGGAGUAAUAACUAAAAUGCAAGGCUUCUCAUUCCUGAUAGCGGCCUUCUGUCACGAUCUGGAUCACCGGGGCACCAGCAACACCUACCAAACCCAAUCCAGCAGCCCCUUGGCCCGGUUGUACAGCAGCGAAGGCAGCGUAAACGAACGACACCAUCUAUCGCAGGCGAUUUGCAUUCUUAACGAUUCCAGUAGCAAAAUCUUGGACAGUCUUUCGACGGAAGAGUUCAAAGAGUGUAUCGACUUUCUGCGAGAUCUCAUCCUAGCUACCGAUUUGGCUAACCACUUCCGGAUCAUGCCGUACUUGAAACGACUACGGCCGGAGAAUCUGUCGGAAGGCUCCAACCAACGGUUGCUGCUGUCGUUGAUGAUCACCUGCUGCGAUCUGAGUGAUCAAGUCAAAAGCUGGAGGACGGUUCAACACGUGGCUCAUCUCGUAUACGCCGAGUUCUUUGCCGAGGGUGACCUGGAGAAGCAGAUGGGCCUGCGGCCGAACACAAUGAUGGACCGGAAGAAGGCCUGCAUUCCGGUGCUGCAAAUCGAGUUCCUUACGAUGGUGGUUCGACCGACGUUCGAAAUAUUGGCGCAGAUUUUCCCAGAAACGCGAUACUUUCUGGAAACUAUUGACAGCAAUCGACAGCAGUGGGUGGACAUCAAGGAAACUGGAGUCUGCUCGAGGACCAGUGAUUGCUGUGAGAAUUGCUAUGAUACCUGCAAUUAGAGAACUGAGCUAGAAAUCGUCGGUUGUGUGAGGUCGACUUCCGCAAUUUUUCGAUGCUAGUGAGUUAAGUUCUAGCGUGCAAAUAGUUCCCUCCUUCCUAUAGUGUAUUGUUUGUUCCAGUGGAAAAAGAGGUUUUGUGAUGUUCGACGGAUAGCGAUAGUACGUCUAUUUAUUUUCAACGUAGGCCUAAUAGCAUUUAGGAGAAUGUAUUACUUCGUAUAGAUGGUAAUCGUCAAAUCUAUUGACCACUCUGUUUGCUGGCAAACGAUAAUGGUUAGAAGUACAUAGGUGUAUAGAAAAAUGUUUUAUUCAAUGUUAAAUAUUUAGAACAUGUUAUUUUAAUAGCCUACUUCAACUUUCAACGACUUUAUUUAGAAAUCGACUGUCAUGAUACGUUUUAGAAACAAAUCCAACCCGCGUAUGAUCAAUGCCAGUGAGUACCCACACAAUAUCAAAUUAUGUUUAUACUUUAUUAAAACACAUCUCGAACGCAAAUGAAAAAAAUGCUCACCAACAAUAUAAAAACUACACACCUAC